AUGUUUAUGAGAUUGAAAGUCUUAGAGAUGAAUAGCAUACGAAGACAAACUUUAUUGCGGCAGUUUACGAAUGUAUACAACGUUGUUUCCCGUUCAGCGAGACUCUGUUCACAAGCUAUACCCAAACGCCUUUUCUACUCAACUGGUUCUCGUGCUAAUAGCAUCCCAGACGCCUUAUCGCGGUUACGAAACAUCGGUAUCUCUGCCCAUAUUGAUUCCGGAAAAACGACAUUUACCGAACGUGUACUUUUUUACACGGGCAGAAUUAAAGACAUUCAUGAAGUUCGCGGUAAAGACAAUGUUGGCGCUAAAAUGGAUUCUAUGGAACUUGAGCGUGAAAAGGGUAUAACUAUUCAAUCCGCUGCUACAUACUGUAACUGGAAACGCAAGCAAAAAGAUGGCGAUGAACAGGACUAUAUCAUUAAUAUCAUUGAUACUCCUGGUCAUAUUGAUUUUACGAUUGAAGUCGAACGCGCGCUUCGUGUGCUUGAUGGAGCUGUACUGAUUUUAUGUGCUGUUUCUGGAGUACAAUCACAGACUAUAACGGUUGACCGUCAGAUGCGGCGCUAUAAUGUUCCCCGUAUAACAUUCAUAAACAAAAUGGAUCGGAUGGGUGCUAACCCUUGGCGAGCCAUUGAACAACUGAACGCGAAACUUCGAAUUGCCGCCGCUGCCGUGCAGAUUCCCAUCGGCUCUGAAGACAAUCUUGAAGGUGUUGUUGAUUUAAUCCAUAUGCAGAGUAUUUAUAAUCGUGGGAAGAAAGGAGAGAAAGUGGAAAUUACAGGUUCUAUUCCUGAACACUUGAAAGAAUUAGCAAACGAGAAACGAGCUCUGCUUAUUGAAACAUUGGCUAACAUUGAUGAGGAGAUUGGCGAGCUGUACGUGAUGGAAGAAACGCCCUCUCCCGAACAGUUAAUGAGUGCAAUACGGUCAGCUACACUUUCUCGUCAAUUCACACCGGUUUUUAUGGGGUCAGCACUCGCAAACAUUGGUGUGCAACCUCUCUUGGAUGCAGUAUGCGAUUACUUACCCAAUCCAUCUGAUGUAACGAACACGGCGCUUGAUGUGAACCAAGGAGAAAAGUCCGUAACAUUACACACCGACUACAAUGAACCACUUGUCGCACUUGCCUUCAAGCUUGAAGACGGGCGGUUUGGUCAACUGACUUAUAUGCGAGUGUAUCAAGGUGUACUGAAACGUGGUAAUCAAAUUACAAAUGUUAACUCGGGAAAACGAAUCAAGGUUCCACGCUUGGUUUUAUUGCAUUCAGAUGAAAUGGAAGAUGUUGAGGAAGCUCCAGCAGGCAGUAUUUGUGCUAUGUUUGGAGUAGACUGUGCUUCCGGUGACACGUUUACUGACGGGUCCAUAAAAUACGUGAUGUCUUCCAUGUAUGUUCCCGAACCAGUUGUCUCCUUAUCGAUAAAACCGAAAAAUAAAGAUUCACCAAACUUUUCCAAGGCGCUCGCUAGAUUCCAACGAGAAGAUCCUACCUUCCGUGUUCACAUUGACAAGGAAUCCAAUGAAACAAUUAUCAGCGGAAUGGGAGAAUUGCAUCUCGAAAUUUACUUGGAGCGUUUGGCGAGGGAAUAUCGCACCGAGUGCAUUACAGGCAAGCCCAGGGUGGCGUUCCGUGAAACGAUCACCACGAAGGCUCCUUUCAGUUAUCUGCACAAAAAGCAAAGUGGAGGUGCUGGCCAGUAUGCAAAAGUGGAAGGUUAUAUUGAAUACAUGGAACCAAAGGAAGAUGGAAAUGGCCGCCUAGUGGAUCAUGAAUUUGUAAACCACGUUGUUGGAGGUGCCAUCCCUAGUCAAUACAUUCCAGCUUGUGAGAAAGCAUUCAAGGAAUGUCUUGAGCGGGGCUUUCUUACUGGACACCCUAUCAAAAACUGUAGGCUCGUCCUUGAGGACGGAGCAGCACAUUCUGUUGACUCUUCCGAAUUAGCUUUUCGCGUUGCUUUGACACAUGCUUUCCGGCAAGCUUUCAUGGCCGCAAAACCAAUCGUUUUGGAACCAAUUAUGAACGUAACCGUUACAGCGCCUGUAGAUGACCAAGGUGUCGUAAUUGGCAAUUUGGAUAAGCGUAAGGCGACCAUCGUUAAUACUGACAUUGGUGAAGAGGAGUUUACACUACAAGCUGAAGUCCCUCUGAACAGUAUGUUUUCCUACUCAUCUGACAUUCGUUCAUCCACACAAGGAAAAGGCGAGUUUACAAUGGAGUUUCUCAAAUACCUUCCAGCACCAGGAUAUGUUCAAAAGGAGCUCAUUGCGGAAUAUGAAAAGCAGCAUAAAUAG